AUGGCACAUCCAUCAUCCGAUCGCCUCAGUGGAUCAGCAACACAUGGGACUGAGUCUGGACUUGUCAAAGUUGCAGCGCAGCCUUUUGAGGGUCCCAUCCCCCCCAGGCCUCUUUCUUUGUCACAAGCACCGACAGACAAACUUGAAGUAGCACAAGAUGAUUUCUUCCCAACAAAUGGCGACGACGACACCUUUGGUGCGCGACAUGCACCGGCAGCCACCCAAAACCCGGCAAAACUCCGCGAGAUGGUCAACCCUGACGCCAUCGACAGCCCACCAUCACCAGAGCUCGUCGAGUUCUGGAAGGCAGCUCUCGACGCCAUGAUGAAAGCAGCGCCACGCAUCCCACCGAUCAAGCUCAAGCAGAGUGUACCCGAGACAGAUAUAGAUCCCAAAUAUGACCAUGCUAAAGAUCAAGCGCGAAGGGAGUUUGUCAUCCUGUCCGAGUCGGACAAAGAGGUGCUCAAGUGGACGCAUUCGCAAAUGGUUCAGAGCGCAAAAAAAUUGGGCCCACGGAUACCUUAUGCAAAGAAUUCCAGGAGCUCAACAGGCACAGGCCCAAGGGGCAUCGUUAUGACCGCUGGCGGCAGGUACAUACACAAUGCCAUCUUCUCGCUUCACAUGCUCCGGCGCUCCGGCUCAUUCCUCCCCGUGCAACUCUUCAUCGACGGCAAUGUCACCGACUUUGUGCGCGAAAUUUGCACAGGGCAAUUGUUCGAGUUGGGUGUCGAGUGUCAUAGCAUGGACGCUGUCUUCAACACAACUCCACAAAUGCCCAAGCUGCUCAAGUACCAGUACAAGGUCUUCUCUAUGCUUUUCUCAUCAUUCGAUGACGUUCUGUUUCUGGAUAGCGACUCUUAUCCCAUCUUCAACCCGGACGACCUCUUCUCUUCCGAACCAUACAAAUCGCGCGGCUUGAUCACUUGGCCUGAUGUUUGGCUCUCUUCCACAUCCCCCACCUUUUACGAAAUCACUGGUAUGACAGCACCCGGCUUGGCCGAGCGCCGCAGCUCCGAAUCCAGCGUCAUGAUGAUCAAACGCUCGACGCACGGAGACGACCUGGUGAUGGCUACGUACUACAACCUGUGGGGUCCUGAUCGCUACUACCGGCUGUUGUCUCAAGGCUCCCCUGGCGAAGGCGAUAAGGAAACCUUCCUACAAGCUGCCUUGGUGUUAAACAAGCCUUACUGGGACGUUCACACAGACGUCGGAAUCUUGGGCCGAUGGCUGAAUGAGAGCUUUGUGGGCUACGGAAUGAAGCAGGCGGAACCAAGAGAGGAUUAUCGACUGUUCUCCACUGCACCUGGCGGCAAGCACGGCAAAAAGCCCCAGUCGAAAGAUCUUCAAGCCAAGAGAAUGUUUAUCCAUCAUAACAACCUCAAAAUCGACAUGCCCUCACUUGAGACCAUCAUGAAAGACGUGAUGAAGAAGAACAAAGAGGGACAAUUGAACCGACUAUGGGGCGACGACGAUACGCUCAUCGAGCAGUCCGGUUACGACGUCGAGAAAGGCAUGUGGGAGGAGAUACUCAGGUAUCACUGCCACCAGCAUCCAAACGCGGAUGGAUGCAAAAGUUUAAGGGCCUACUUCGGGUCUGUGUUUCUGCAACCUUCACAGCCAAAAUUUCAGCAAUGA